AACACUUGUUUAUCAUUGAAUUGAUGUUAAAAACACUUUAUUGCCAUUGAAUUGCAUUUCAGUCAACAAUAUAGCGAUAAUUGUUUGCCAGUUAUAUAACUCACUGUUUAGAUGACAAUUCAUGUACACAUGAAUGGUAUGAAUUGCUGUUUAAUUGUGAUUUAAUGCAAACAAUCAAUCGUUGAAUUUUAGUUUACAUCACAUUUUGAUUACAUUUUUUGACAAAUCGCGCCUCUCCUGACAAUCACUCUCUAAAACAAACAAAUAAUGCGAUAAAAAGUGGGCAAAGAGUUAGACGUAACCAUAAGGGAGAGACUGCUCUCCAUAUCGCUGCCAUCAAAGGAGAUCUAACACGAGUCCAACAGAUCAUCGCUGACAACAAAUACGACGUCGACAUCACUGACUUCGCAGGCUGGUCACCAAUACAUGAAGCCUGUAAUCGAGGAUUUGUGUCAAUAGUAGAAGAAUUAUUGAAAGCCGGCGCUAAUGUCAACGCCAGGGGUUAUAACAAUGACACGCCUCUAAUCGAUGCGGCAGUUAAUGGUCACCAGGAUUUAGUCCAACUCUUACUAAGAUAUGGCGCCGAUUAUACUCUGACCAACAAUUCAAACAAAACAGCACUUGAAGUGACAAAAAGUGUUAGAGUUUACGAAGACAUCAAUUCGUUUAUUGAGGAGAAGAUGCGAAAAAAUGGCGGACAUAAUAAAGAUAGUAGCAGUAAAAGUAGAUCCUCUUCGCCCAACACUUCCUCUCCUUUAAAGCCCACGUCUCCCAGACUUACACUUAGAUUCCAAUCAAUCAAAGACCCCAAACAGUCCACAACUGUCACAAACACUCCCAUCACUUCCACCACAAUGUCCUCAACCAAGUCUUAUAGUGUUUCCAGCGCUUCAGACAAAGAGAAAGAACCGACAAAUGACUUAAAUAGUGACAAACAAAAUGACAAUAAGCCCUCCGGUGCUAACGGCAGUGCAUCGGAACCCGUGGCCGCCAGUAGUGAUCAUAACUACACAUCUGUUGAUUCGACACAAACUACCGAUGAAUCCAAUAGAAGUCGAAAGCGUAGGAAAAGCACCGAAGGAAGCGUUUCCUCCACGAGUAACGCUUCGGGAAGUCAGUCGUCUAGAAGUGGCAGCACAUCAUCGGUCGGAUCAACCACUCAAUCGGCCAANUUGUCACAAAUGUGCUUUAGAUUGGAGACUGAUAUGGACUUGAACAAUAAUGGAUUCAGUGGUGAUGAAGAGGAAAAUGGAGACCAUAUGGAUGUGUCUGAAGAGACUCAAGACAUCCAAAUAUUAGACCAACAGAUCGACGAAUUGUCUCAAUUGGACACCAAAUUGGAUCAAAUCAGUCAUUUCUUGGACCAAAUCGAGGAGAAAAAUGAGACAUUAAGACAACAAAUCGAUAGUUUCCUCAAAGAUAUCAAAGAAGAGAAUAAUAGCAGUAAUACUAAUACUAAUACUAAUAAUAAAGAAAUGAUAAACAAGACAAACAUUUUGCCACAAAAGUCGAGA